AUGCGUAUAAACAACACUUUCUCUGCUGGUUUGCCUAUUGUUCAUUCGAAUGCAGAGUUUUCAGCUUUAGUAAACUCAAACACUUUAGCAAACAUAAACUUAACCUUAGUUGACGCAAACUUUGUUCCUGUAAAACUUUUAUGUCCUAUGUAUUUGUCAAUGACGGCAGAAAGUUUCGAAUUGGAAGAUGCAACUGGUGAAAGUAUUGUAUUACAAGAACAACUUCAACAACAAAUAGCUCAAGAACAACUUCAACAACAAAUAGCUCAAGAACAACAAAUGCAACAAAUAGCUCAAGAAUAA